AUGGGUUUGGGGACGGAGACGAUGACGAGGAUAGACAGAGGGGACGAGGAUGGUAUUGUCAUACCUGGCCCCUACUCGGCUCGUUGCCAUCCCGAAUUAGAUGGUCAAAUUGGUUGUAUCAAAGUAAUUUAUGGGCCAAUCGAUGGGGAUGAUAAUUGGGCUAUUCACCUGAUCCAGCAGCGUCUGCAGAGAAUUGAGCUGAGCCCAAGUCACGUCGGGUGUCCGUGUGCCGCUCAUCUCACAAACUUGAAGGACGGGAACAAGAGAGAAGUUCUCGCCAAGUCUCGUCGCCCAAUCUCUGAUUUUGAGACGAGGCAGAAGAAGAACCAAUGUUAUGCAGAUAUUGAGAGCGGAUUGUGGGGUUGGCAAUGUAAGUCUUCUUUGAUAGCAAAAGAGAAUUGUGCUUUGCGAUGCCUUUCUUCAACUUGUUAUGAGCUUGUCUACGAGAGUGAUCCGCUUGAAGAAGGAGAGAAAGAUCUAGUUAGGGGCCAAGAGUUCAAGUACUGUAUGCACAAUGUUGGUGGUGCUCAUCAAGGCCAGUCUCCCGUGGUUUGUGGCCAGGUUAUACCAGCAGCCACCUUUCGUAUUUACUAG